AUGAACACAUCCCUUGUACUCAAACCUCGUUGGGUGGAUACCGUGAUGUUUGUAUACGACAACAACUUGGAUGAAAUCAACAAAAGCAUGGAAGGGCUCGUGGGUGCCGGUAAUUUCUCAGCCAACCAGUGUCGGAAUCUGAUGGCCCACUCUGGUUUAGGGGGUCAUGCUUCUCCUUUGGUGCACGGCUCUGCUUAUCCAGCGGUUGAUAUGUCAAUGUCAGGAUCAGGGGAAACAGGUAAACAAUGUCCUCCAUGCACAGCUAUGCCACAAGGCUCAUCUCAAGCAACUUUACCAUACGGAUAUUUCGGCAGCAGCUAUUAUUCUUGCCGCAUGGGGCGUGGAUCGCUCAAGACCUGCACCCAGUCUUCUUCCCUGUCAAGCUAUCCACCAGAGAAAUGUAUGGAUAACGUGAUUCCUCCAGAAGAGUACCCCAGCAGGGCCAAGGAACUUGCAUUUUAUCACAGUUAUGCCAAUCCAUAUCAGCCUAUGGCAAGUUAUUUAGAUGUUUCUGUAGUCCAGACAAUGGGAGGAGGUGGUGAUGGACGACAUGAGACUUUGCUCCCCAUGGACAGCUACCAACCGUGGGCUUUAACAAAUGGAUGGAACAGUCAGAUGUACUGCUCGAAAGAACAAAGUCAGACUGGACACAUAUGGAAAUCCGCAAUGGCAGACGUGGUGGUUCAUCAGCAGGAUGGGAGCUCAUUUCGACGUGGUAGGAAGAAAAGAGUCCCAUACACGAAAGUCCAGCUUAAGGAACUGGAAAAAGAAUAUGCGACCAACAAAUUCAUCACGAAAGACAAGAGGCGAAAGAUCUCAGCUGUUACCAAUCUUACGGAGAGGCAAAUAACUAUUUGGUUUCAAAACAGGAGGGUUAAAGAAAAGAAGUUUGUCUGUAAAACGUAG